UUGCAGGAUACUCUUAUAGCAUCAGUCGGUUGUAUUUUUAACAUAUAUAUAUAUAAAACUGUAGUAUUUCGGAAAUAUCUGCGAAAAUAAAUAGUUUAAUAAAAAAAUCAUGGAUAUCAAAGUAUGUAUAAUUUUGUUGAUCGGUGUCAUCCAAGGAAUACAAGGCAAGUAUGAAUUUGGGAGAGUCCUCGAAACAGCGCUGGACGCUGCGGUGCAAACGGACUUGGGGAAUACGUUUUAUGAAUACCCAUACGAUGGAACUGGGUAUUACGUUAAAACAGGAGGUCAUUCAAUGUACGACGGAUCACAUUUGACUUUUCAAAGUAACAAGGUAUCAUUUUCGGAAGUAAAUUUAAAUGGAGCAAUGGAAUACGGACGGGUUUACAGUUACCCGAACUAUGCUUUUGGGAGCAAAUCUACAUAUCCAUUUAUUGCAUUGAUGGCCAUAGAUAAUCAAGACGACGAAUUUCACAACUACAGACUGCAGGUAUCCGGCUACCCGACCGCGUUGGCGAGCGGCUAUUCAAUCACACACAGCGGCGUUCUUAUUGUUGACCGAACAAAAGUCCAUUAUUACGUCAUAGAGUACUACAGCGACUUCAAUCCAACCGUUUGUGAGAUUUACUUCACGAUAGAGAAAAGCGAAACACCGGAUUACGAAUUUGUUGUUGAAGCUAAAAGUGACAACGAUUCGUUCAGUAUAAAUGUAGCUAGAAUAAGCGGGAAACCAAAAGACACUCUGCUCGUUUAUAUUCCAAUAUCGAAAUCCGCUGCAGAACCAUUGAAAACGACAGACAUACAUAAUAUUAUCGUCCCAACCGUCCGUUCCUUCAGCAAAGUUGCAGAAAUAUCGUCCACUGGCUCUGAUUACGUCACGUCGUUGUUGCGAGUGUUUGAAGAAGAAACUGCUCCAGAGAUAAGAGAUAAUGUCGCACAUUUGGUUUUUCCACAUAGUGAAAAUGGUUUAUCCAGUUCUAGUGAUAAUGCUGUUUACGAGACGUGGGGAAACAAAGUAAAGUUGCUUUUGUAUUUGUUGCUAAGUAUGCGGAUUGUUUCUUCUGAAGACAUUUACAACACCCAGAGAAUAUUAUUUUACAACCAAAAUAAAUGCUACCCUGAGUUCUGUGUUGGUAGCAGAGCAACUCAUCCAUUCAUUGCCUUGAUGUGGAUUGACAAUCCUGAUUAUAAUGUUUAUUCAAUGAAGGUCACUAGCUUUGCAAACGUAUAUGGAAAUGAAUCAUACACAGAAUAUCAUGGUUGCUUUGAUGUUAUGGGUUCUAAUGUCACAUAUGAUGUCACACAUUUAUAUGACAGAAUACAUCCAAGUAUAUGUGAAGUUUACUUUCAAGUUUCAAACCCAAAGGACUGGCAUUCAGAAGCAAUAGACAGCCAUUAUGAUGUCACAUUCGAAAACACUUAUUACUUGACAAACACGAUUGUAUUCAGUGGAAGAAUCAGGAGAACCUUGGUUGGAUAUUUCUUGUUGUCCAGAUAUCCAGGCGUUGGUCUGAUUCAGGAAUCUGAAGUGAAAGAAGCACUUACAAAAAUUGUUGGUUCAAUUACAAACUCCUUGCAAGAUUUGAACAUAGAAAGAGAUGAGUCAACCAAACGUAAGAUUCCAUCUCAACCAGAUUACACGAAUGCAACUCACAUAGUGAGCACUCCAGUAAAAAGGGAAGAAAUUACAAAAGCGAAAGAAACAGAAACAAAAGAAAUUAAAAUUAUCGCUAUUGAAAGUAACAUUGACUUAGGAGAACACAAUGAACAUUUACAAGAUUACACCAGCUCUAUAUUUCCAGUAGAAAACAUAGGUUAUAUGCAAUGGGAUUCUGUCAACGAUCGCAGAAGAAACAAUGAGCAAGUAAGAUUCCGGCGAGAAAUACUGGAUUUAUUUGAGUCUUCAGGUUCAGGUGAAACUACUACAGUAACAGAUUCGCCCACAACAGCUGAAACAACUACAGCGGAAUUGGGUUCGGGUGAAACCACGACAGACAGAGAAACAACAGCAGAGCCGACCACACCUGGAUCUUCUAAUACUACUUCACUACCAUUAAAUGAAACAACCACAAUAGAAACAACAGCAGAGCCGACCACACCUGGAUCUGAUAUUACUACUUCACUACCAUUAAAUGAAACAACCACAAUAGAAACAACAGCAGAGCCGACCACACCUGGAUCUUCUAAUACUCCUUCACUACCAUUAAAUGAAACAACCACAAUAGAAACAACAGCAGAGCCGACCACACCUGGAUCUGAUAUUACUACUUUACUACCAUUAAAUGAAACAACCACAAUAAUUGAGGUCACCACGCCAAAACCAGUUGUAACAACUACAUCAGUUGAGGCCACCACACCAAGACCAGUUGUAACAACUACACCAGUUGAGGUCACCACACCAAGACCAGUUGUAACAACUACACCAGCAUCAUGUCUAUCAACAUGUGAUGGUUGUGAUGGUCCCUGUAGCCGACCCUCCACAACAGCUGAAUGUGUUUGUCAAUGUAUUGCUGGAUACAUACCUAAGACACCAUCAGCACUUGGAUGUCAACCAGUUGUCUGUGAUGAGGAGACAUUACUCUACCCCUUUGAAAACUCUACAAAUGUGACCUUCCCAGCUACACAAGCAGGUUUUACUGCUAUCUCUAACAACAAGUGCCCGGUUAAUUCAUCAAAUGCUGGAAAACCAUAUGGCAACAGAAGAUGUUAUUUAAAUGGAACCUGGGCAACACCUACUUGGCUUACAAGUUGUAGUGUUACUCUUGAGAACAUCUGGAAUGAUGUUCGUGAUAGUCCAAUAAAUACUCCUGAGCAGCGCCAACAAGUGGCGAACGAUCUUGAAGUCAUCACAUCAGUUUCAGCGGAUCUUACAACAACGGAUGUCACUCAGACAUCUGAAGCUCUGACAGAGAUUGUCAACACAACUACACUUACUCCAGAGACAUCGAGUUCAGUUGUAGCAACUGUUGGAAAUUUACUUGAAGUUCCUGAAGAUCAGUUACAAGAGAGCGGUCAAACCCAAGAGAUCCUGGCAACAUUGGAUUCAGUUGGUGAGAAGGUGGAAGUGGAUGAGGGAGAGGAAUAUACAGAAGUAAGCGGCAGUGUUGCCAUUGCUGUUGUACAACCUACUGAACAAGAUGCAGAUCUAGGUAUAGGUUAUGGAGUAACACCUUUAUCCAUUCAAAAUCAAGUUGGAUUCAGAUCAGACCAACUUUCUACAUAUCUUGCGGCUCCUAAUACUACAAUGAAUUCAUUUAUCACCAUUCCUAAAUCAGCAAUAAGCGAUCUUGCAGAUCGACGCAUCAGUUUUGUUGCGUUUCCAGAUGACAAAUUGUUCCGUUCCAAUUCUUCGAGUACAUUUACUAUGUUUAACAAUGUCACUGUUAAUUCUGAUGCUGUGUUGUCGGCUACUGUGGUCAAUGCAAAUGGACCUUUGAAUAACCUUGAUCCACCUGUUGAAUUGGGUUUUGGAACCACUACGGGUUUGAUUGCAGGUAGAAGUGUUUGUGUUUAUUGGGAUGAAGUGACACUUACUUGGUCAGAUGUGGGUUCUGUAAUCACCAAUUCCUCAAACACCACGUUGACUUGUACAUUUAACCAUCUCACCAACUUUGCAACUUUGUUUUUGCCUGGAGAUGAUACCAGCAUCAGUAAUUCACAUGUUCUUGAUAUCUUGACUGUGGUUGGUUGUUCCAUCUCCGGUGCCUCUUGUCUCCUCCUCAUUCUCAUCUUCAUCUUUGUUCCAAAAACACGUCUUAAAGGUCGUAAGAAGGGGGCUAUUCUUCUUGCCAAUCUCGCGACUGCGAUUCUUCUUCUUGAUAUUUUCCUCAUUGUGAGCGAGCAAGAGAUUGUGACAUCAUCGAUGACAUCAUGCCUUGCUGUGUCAGUGCUUACCUACUUCUCCAUGAUGAGUGUUUUCACUUGGAUGAUGGUGGAAGGUUUCAGCAUUGCUUCUAUUAUCAUCUAUCCAUUUAAAACUCGAGGAAAGUUAUUUGGUAACUGGUUCAUGAUUGCUUCAUGUUUGUGGGGUUGGUUGCUACCAGCGUUGGUUAUCAUGUUCACCACAAUCUUUAACAUUGAUAUGUACAAGAGAACAGAUGGAGAGUGUUACAUUCAGCCAGGGCUAGUGUUGUAUGCUGUUCUUAUACCAGCAGCUAUAACACUUGGUGUAAAUCUGAUGUUGUAUGUCUUUCUAACUUAUAAAGUGACCUGUGCAAAACGACCAAACUUUAUGGCUGGCAAGUCGAAAGAUUUACAAAAAAAUUUGCUUUUCUCGUUAACUUUGUUUGUCACGCUUGGAUUAACAUGGAUCUUUGGUUUCGUCAUCAUUCCAGGAAAUGGGGAUGCAAGUUUUGCUUUCUCCGUUUUAUUCACUGUGUUUAACUCAUUACAAGGUUUCUUCCUGUUCUUGCUGUAUGUGGUUCGUCAGAAGUUUACUAGGUCUGCCAUAUCUGAACAAGCACGCAGAAUCUCAACAUAUGCAAUCCCAACAACCAGGACAACUCAGUCAUCACGGCCCUCAACACGUCACAUUUCAUCAUCGACGUCAUUUCACGAAAACGACGCAUUUGAAGAAGAAAUCGAAAAUUGGAGAAGCGAGGCUUCAGUAGUGCAGCAGGGAGCUCGCUAAGUCGACCUUACUGUCUACAAAGUGGUGUUUAUAACUUGAUAUAUGCGAAUCUAUGAAGCAGAACAUUGAUCCCAUCCAUGUUAAACUCUGCUGAAGUUUCGGAAGUUGACGCAUUGACUGCACAGAUUCUUACUCAAUGUAAAAUCAGAUUACUAUUAAUAGAUUGGAAAAGGUCUGCGAAGCGAAGGUGUUGAAUGUACAAAUUUGAAACUUACAAGCCCACCUGUUUAGUACCUUGUAGCACUUCUAACAUACAUCAAGCGUACUCGUAAUUUAUUAUUUUAUUAUCGUGAUAAAUGUAGACGUAAUCUUCGAA